CAUCUGUUCAAGAUAAAUUACGAAAUGACGACAAACAAGAUAAUCAACAUCAAAAAUCAAAGAAAUCCGUUUGUUCCUCUUCCUCAAUAGAUAGUUGGAAAUUAUUUGACCAUGCCAUGUUAUUAACUUCUCAAGCAACUAUCUUAACUGCAAAUUUUCUCACCCACCAUUUAUCCGGUCCCCGUAAACCUUCUUGGCCAAUACAACUUACGUUAAUUUGUGCCGCCAUGAGAGCCCUAACCGAGCAUACCCACUUGGCUGACGUGGAUAAAAUAAGAAUGUUUAUUAGCAUUCCUUUUAUCUUUUCCCCUUCAGAUAUCGUUGUUACACCUGUAUCAUUUAGAGUUUUGAAUAGAGGAUUACCUGGUAUAUUAAAGGAUUUAGAAGAUUGUGAAACAGGAAAUCGAGAGAUUAGUGCUGAAUGGGUUGUACCCAAAGGAUUAUGGAGAAAAAUUAACGAUGAUUAUCAUUUAUCAGCUGCUCAUUAUAAGCAUAUAUAUGUUGAUCAAGAUGGUAUUAAAUGGUCAAACGAAAAAGUAAUUUUAUAUCUACACGGUGGUGCUUACUAUCUUAUGUCAGCUAAAACGCAUAGAGAAUUAAACUAUCGUCUAUCGAAAGUAACUGGAAGGAGAGUUUUUG